AUGGGCGGCGACGAGCUCAAGGACCUUUCCCCUGCUCCCAGGGAGAAGUUGGAAGCCCAGAUCAAGAGUGCCGAUAUGACCGAGGACAUGCAGCAAGAGGCUGUUGAAGUUGCCCAGGAGGCCAUGGCCAAGUUCACCGUCGAAAAGGAUAUCGCACAACACAUCAAGAAGACGUUCGAUGAGCGCAAGGGCCCAACAUGGCAUUGCAUUGUAGGCCGUAACUUUGGCAGCUUCGUCACUCACGAGACCAAGCACUUUAUCUACUUCUACCUCGGCCACUGCGCCAUUCUUCUCUUCAAGACCCAGUAG